AUGGCAAAAAAGAACGAGCCACUGUCCCCACCGGUGAUCGCGGGGGCGCGUGACGUGUACGACAACAACGACGAUAUCAACCUACGGUGUAAACCCGAGAACUUCCCUCGUCUGGUCCAACCCCCACCAUCACCUGGUACCUGCAGGCCACCGGCACGGCGGGAGUACGUGGAUCAGUACGCCGAGCCCACUGGCCUUACCUUACGUAUACCAGCCUCCCAGGUGUCGGUGAACGGGGGUAGCAGUGUGGAGGCGGAAUGUGUGGUUAAACUUGGUGCCCACGAGCUGAGGUCCUCAACCACACUCAGAGUACGACCCCGGCCUUCCUCCUACCUCUCCAACUACUUCUCUGCCGCAGGGAUGGCGGUCCUCCCCACGUCACCCCUUCAAGUGCUGAGUCUCGUCUUACUGGCCUGCCUAAACAGUUAAUCUCUGAACAAACACGAGAACAAACACAAAAACAAACGAAAACAAACACAAGCACAAACACGAGAACAAGAACAAACGAAAACAAAAACAAACCCCUGAACAAAAACAAACGCGAGAACAAACA